GCACGUGUGAAGUCAAAGUUAAUUUUUUUUUUGACAACAUUGAAUUUUACUCAAAUUUCCAAUGGAAUAUUUUGACGCUGAAUACGCUGUGGAAAGCAUUCGGGAAAAAUAUAACAAAGAACAUGGCAUAAAAGAUUGCAGGGAAGAAGACGAUUACACAAAAAGAAAACGGUUUGAGAAACAGGUAUAUCGCCUGUUGAUAAUGCACAAUGUGCCUUAUUCUAAAAAAAAUGAAAAAGAAACAUUUGAGGAGUAUCUGCUUUCUGAUGAUGAAAAUACGCCAAAGACAAAAGGUGCAAAGUUGAAACAUUCAACUAAAGCUAAGCGUAGAAACAACCACGCCGCCGGAAAAGAACAUGAGAUGAAGGAGGAGGAGGAUGUGGAUGAACGCAUUGCAUCCAUUAAGAACAAAAUGCGCCAGAAAAAGCGACCGACCACUGAACGGCAACAGAAGAGGCGCGAAGCAAAGAAACUCAAGCGGAGUAAGGGGGUACAAAAGCUGCUCCAAUCCUCUGCAAAAAUAAUGAAAAACGAGAAUAUAAAACAAAAUAAACUGAAAAAUGGAGUUAUCAAAACAGUAUCAAAUAAAGAUGGAGAGGAAGAGACAGAUAGCAAGUCGAAAAUUCGGCCCGUUCAGCAGAAACCUGUAUUUAACGAGGAGUCGAAAAUAGUUUAUUCCAAAAUAGAUUUUGCUGCUACUCCAGGAGCCAAGACCAAGAAAUCGCAUAAAAAUCCAAAGGAAAUACUUAAAGAGUUGAAACAAACGAGCCAACAAAUAAAUGAGCUGAAGGAACAAGGACAAAGCGAUAAGGCAGCUGAACUGCAAAAUAGUAUUGCUUGGAAGAAGGCAUUUGAUAAGAUUGAGGGCAAGAAAGUUAAAGAUGACACAAAGCUCCUCCAGAAGGCCAUAAAGAAGAAAAAGGUGGAGAAGCGGGCUGCAAAGAAGAAGUGGGAGGAGCGCAAGCAAAAGGUGGAUCAUGAUAUAGCGAAGCGCCAGAAGAAACGACAGGAGAAUCUGGAUAAGCGCAGCAAGGACAAGAAGAACAAGAAAUUGAAGAAGGCUAGCAAAAAGGGCCGAAUUAUACCUGGCUACUAGAAACUGUUUGGCAAAAAUUAGAAAUUAGAAUUACAAGUCAAAUAAAAGUUUUUUGACAAAACGAAAUUCAAGUUCUUUUUAAAUUCAUAUAUAUAAAUUUUUUCUAUAUUUCUGGCCGUAAAACAGUCCAAAUUCUUUUGUGUAUGAUUUUAGAUUAACAUUUUGAUCGGUUUAUGUCAUUGUAUGUACCACGGUGCGCGGCACAGACAAGAAGAAGAGCCCAUACCAAACAGCUGUAGUCCAAAUAACAGCUGUCUCACAUUGUUGUAUUUUGUGAGCCCAUCAUUUAAAUUCGAUUUAGUAUGAGCAACAGCAACAUCGCGUAAUUCCCAUUACAGCCAGGACAGUAAAUACGGGCCGUUUUUAUUUAAUAAGAUAUAUUAAAAACUGUCAUGGAUCUGCAACAAAAACGGUUUCAAAAAGACAUCUGCUAGUGAAUACCAAAAUACGAACAACAAAAAGAAGAAGCACAUACUCUGGCCAACGAGCACGAAACAACGUGUGAAAAGAAAUCAGAAAAACCGAAACACACAAGCACAAACGUGCACACCGACAAUCACAUAUACUCGCACACAGUCACACACACACACUUACACAUAUAUGCAGACUCACACACCGCCAAAGAAGUGUGUAGAGGCAAGCGCAGAGCGCAAUCUAUUUUAUUCACAUUUUCCACACACAAAAGUACCAGCAGAGCAGCAGCGAAAAAUUAACAAUUGCGUCGUACAACAGGCUACAAGGAACGAGAAAUAAGAAACGCUAAAGAAAAUUGUCGUCUUUUAAGAGUGAAAACAACAACCAAUU